UAAUUCAAAAAUGGCUCAGGUUCCCACUUUCAAGCUUGUUCUCGUCGGUGACGGCGGCACGGGAAAGACCACCUUCGUCAAGCGCCACCUGUCCGGUGAGUUUGAGAAGAAGUACAUCGGUAAGUAGCAUUCUGGCCAUCCAGGCGAGCGGCAGUGCUGCGCGUGCAUGUUUGUUGUAUGUGUGUCGGUUGGCAGUAGACAGAAUCGCUUAUACUCAACACGACUGUCCUUUAUUGCUGCUCUGUUUGGCGGCAUAUAGCUACCAUUGGCGUCGAGGUCCACCCCCUGAAGUUCACUACCAACAAGGGUGAGCUCAUCUUCAACACUUGGGAUACUGCCGGCCAGGAGAAGUUCGGUGGUCUGCGCGACGGCUACUACAUCCAGGGCCAGUGCGCCAUUAUCAUGUUCGACGUCACCUCGCGUAUCACCUAUAAGAACGUUCCCAACUGGCACCGCGAUCUCGUCCGUGUCUGCGAGAACAUCCCCAUUGUUCUGUGCGGUAACAAGGUCGAUAUCAAGGAGCGGAAGGUUAAGGCCAAGACCAUCACCUUCCACCGGAAGAAGAACCUGCAGUACUACGAUAUCUCGGCCAAGUCCAACUAUAACUUCGAGAAGCCCUUCCUGUGGCUUGCUCGUAAGCUUGUCGGAGAUAACAACCUGGAGUUCGUCCAGGCUCCGGCCCUGGCCCCGCCCGAGGUCCACGUCGACGCCAACCUCAUGCAGCAGUACAAUGCCGAGCUUGACGCCGCUGCCGCCCAGCCUCUGCCCGAGGAGGACGACGACCUCUAAAUUACUCGUUCAAACCCUCUGUUUUUAGUUUUGUUUUUUUCCACCCAGGCAUUGCUCUCCGUCUGCCCCAUUUUCUCUCUGCCCACCUGCCUUUGCUAGUGGUCCGAGACUCAGUGGGGCGAGCGGGGGUGUGGCCAUGGGCGGUGCCUUUGAAUAAAUUUCCCAAGAGACAGGAUUGCUGGCGCUGGAUGUCGGAAACAGGACGUCGUUGAUGCGCGUGCUAUUGUCAGUUCCGUUGACCCAUUGUUGUGCGCUAGGACAUCAGGGUAUGGCUUUGCCCUCCCCAAACAUGUGCCAAGGCCAGAGCCGCAGCAGGCACUAAUCUGCGAUGCAGGAUCCUGGUGACCGCACUUCCACGACCUGCUGUGACCUGGAGCGUGGAAGGUUCUUGAAUGUUUCGCAGUUCUCGGAAACAACG